AUGAAUACCACCCCCACAUCCGUCCGACCAUCGAUGACCGACGAUCGACAAGAUUCAGGAUACAGCAGCACCCAAUUCCCGUCGCCCAACGACAAGCCAUCUGUAGAUGAGUCUACACGAAUUGCGUGCCUCAGCGCCAACGCCAGUGUCAACAGCAAGAGCCAAUCCGUUCCGUCUGCCCCCACACCCAUCGCCGGCUUCGCAGAGUUCGACAAGAGUGUCGACAAUGCCACGAUCUCCCGCUUCCGCCACGUGCAUUCGCUGCUUGAGAAGCCGCUGCUGGAGUAUAUUCGCAGCACGAUUCGCAAGAAACAGUGUCCGAUUUCCAUAAGAUUGAUGGUCUUGGGCCGCUCCGAAGACGAUGCGAAGCCGUGCAUUGUCGUGUUGUGUCCGGAGCAGCAGUCCAAGAAGGUCAGAAAGUUCUUCGACAAGAAAUCCGUCAGAGCUUUGCGCUUGCCCGAAGACGGUCAACCAUCGUUCGAAGUCUUUGUCGUUGGUCGAGAGCCGGAGACGAAACAGGCAGAAGGAGACAUUGAUGUCCUCAUUCCGAUCGUUGACGAGAGCGAGGGCUAUACAAGCGAGACAUAUUGCGGAGCGCCCAUAGUUAUCCGACAGGCUUCCGGUGUCGACAAAAGAUGCACCUUCGGCGGUGUCAUAAAGGUUUCUUGGUCGAAUGGAGAGAUCAAGUUAUAUGGGCUGACCGUCGGCCAUAUCCUUCUGGAUGACCUGGAGGAUGAACUGACAACCGGCACGGAGAGCGACCAGUCCAGGUGCUCCGACGACUGGGUCUUCGAGCUUUCGGAUUCUGAUAGCGAGGACGAGUCUUAUGAUUCAGCUGAAGAGGAGCUGGACGAUGAAGCCGAACCACUGUGUACGAUGGACGAACUCCCGUUGGCUCUGCCAGAUGUCAGUUCGUCAUGGGCGGCCGACGAGUUGAGCAAGAUAGGUUCCAUUUCGAAGGACUCACCGCGAUAUCGAUCGGCAGCGACCGAUACGAAGUAUGAUGAGCCCGAGGCUUACUAUGACUGGGCUCUUAUCGAUAUGAUCAGCUACAAGCCGAACCUCAUUCGACCGAGGAAGAUGUCACACGAUGAGACUCAGGAGGGUGGAGUCUUUAACUUCCAGGAUCAUGAACUCGUGAUGCCCGUCUUGCCGUCCAGUGGUUAUGGCAAGAGACAGCCAGUCGUCCUUGUGAGCGGAUCAGAAGGGCUGAAAUGGGGAUCUCUAUCGGCUUUGCCUUCGAGACUCCUUCUUGGCCCUGGAAGAGGGUUUGUCGACACACUCAUCUUAAACCUUGACGGCAAUAAGCAAAUUCUUGAUGGAGAUUCAGGAUCAUGGGUGGUCAACGAGACAACCCUUGAGGUGUACGGCUACGUCGUUGCUGCCGACGCAUUUGGCGGAGGCUACGUUAUUCCAUUAGCUGAAGCAUUCCGCAACAUCGCAAAUACCCUGAGAUGUCAAUUUGUUGAUCUUGCUACGACAGUCGAUAUGGCAAGUGCCAAACUUGGGCGUAUGUUUGACAUAGACGGCGAACCGACAGCCACGAUGACACCCAGCAUUGCAGACCAUUAUGUGAUGCCUAGCUCAUCCAUCACUUCUUGCAUCUCUACCCCGACUACCAAUCUCUCCAUUACCUCAUGUGUCUCUACCCCAGCUACUAAUUUCUCAAUUACCCCCAUGCACGACGGCGCUCAAACUCUCAUAACUUCUCUAGAAGACCACAAUUUGUUUCCCGCUUUUGCUCAGGAGAAGCCAUUUACCCAUCCCAAAAUCCACGCAGAUUAUAACCUCGAGCCUCCCCGGAGCCCCGAUGAGGAUGAUUCUCACACAGAAUGGCCUCCUGAGCACGAGAGCUCUGAUGGAGGCUCCAACAACACCUCCAGACCCGGAACCCCCUCAGUCACUGAGCACGCCGAAGAUGAUACCGCCGUUUCGAUCAGGCCUUCGCGCCACGUUGACUACUUGUCCCAUGACUGGAAGGAGGAAGAUAUCAGGUCUUCCUGGAGAUACAUUGCAACUCGGCGCGCUGACUUUCCCAAUAGCGCCCGAUUGGAAAACGCUUCUUGGAGAGCCUGGUUGAAGGUGAAAAAUAAUCUACGAACCGUUUCGGCCGAAACCAUUAACUGGUUCAAGGAUAGCGAUGUUACUUGGUUGUACGGUCCGUUGCAAUCAGAGACCAAGCCCAUUCACGAUACCCGCGCAGAGCGAUCAAGCGUCUCAUUGCCCAAGACGGACUUGUCGGUCAAUCUCAACAAGAAGCCAAUCCUAAAGAAGAGGAGCAUGUCUCAGGUCACUCUUCAGAGGCCGUUGAUCACUACCUCACUUUUAGAGCAGGCCGCGGCGACCAUCCAAGCUCAAGAAACACAAGGCAUCCUGCGACCCAGCAACAACAGGCGCGAAGCCAUCGAUGACUUCGCAUACCCCUUUUCUUCAAAAAGGAUGAGUGUUGAUAGCAGCGGCCUGGUGUCUCCGACAGAGUCUUCUGGAAUUACAUCCACUAGUGCUAAGCGGAGGCAGAUUCGCUUUAACGAGCAGGUUGAACAGUGCAUUGCUGUUGAUGUCAGGGCCGAUGAUAAGGACGAGAUGGAGGUAUACCCAGAUCGUUACGGUGACAACAGCGAUUCGGAUGAUGGCGUUAUUCUGAAUCGGCUCAGGGUCAAGAAACAAACUGCCAAAUCAAUGUCGAUGGAGGACAAGAUCAUUGCCAAACUUCCCUCAGCAACCCUUAAGGACCGCAAAGAUACGAGGCACCCACGCAGCCCACCCUUGUCUCCAUCGUCCUCGCAAGAGACAAUGCUACCAUCAAAGCCAUCUGCAGGGUUCUUAUUUGGCGAGGAUGACGAUGAAGAGGUACUCCUGAGCCCUGGCUGGUUACCCCUUCCUGCUGACAGCAGUAGCAGCAGCAACAAACCCGUUGAAACCUGA